GACAGCGAGCCCCCGUCUCGUUCCCCUGAACCAAGAGGAAGCGAAAGCUCGGGGAGUGACGGCAGGGCCUUUCCCCCCCUACCCCUCGAAUCUCCUUCGGUCUGCUCUUGUCCGCUAAGCGGCCGCUUCUGCGUACUUUUAGCGACAUUAUUCCCAGACCGAAAGCGAUUCUGGAUUCUGGGUAUAGGAAAAUGCGCGAGAAGAGCGAUAAUAAAGCAAGGUGGGUGGGUGGAUGGGGGUUCGGAUGGGAUUUGAGAGGCUUACAGUCAGCAGAGUGCUGUGCACGGGACUGCCACCUAAUCCCCGUGACAGGGAUGGGCGGUGCAACCCGGCUCAACCUGACCUCUGCAACACUCAGGGAGGAGGCAGCCUCUUCCUGGAUGGCAAACACAUUUUCUGCCUCUAUGCUUUGAGUUCCGCUUGCUUACAUGAGGAUGGAAGAUGCACCCAUGUCAUGUGAUUGUUUUGUGUCCUUGCCUCCGGGCUCUCGGGACAACCAUGUAAUAUUUGGGAAGAACUCUGACCGGCCCCGGGAGGAGGUGCAGGAGGUGGCCUACUACCCUGCAGCAUCUCAUCCUUCAGGUUCCCUGUUGGAGUGCACAUACAUCCAGAUCCCUCAGGUGGAGCAGACCCACGCCAUCAUCCUCAGUAAACCGGCCUGGAUGUGGGGCGCAGAAAUGGGAGCUAAUGACCAAGGAGUGUGUAUUGGUAAUGAGGCGGUCUGGACCCGAGAGCCCGUGGCCCCUGGAGAGGCCCUGCUGGGGAUGGACCUUGUCCGGCUGGGGCUGGAGCGUGGCAGCAGCGCCUGGGCAGCGCUGACGGUGAUCACCGGCCUCCUGGAGCAGCACGGCCAGGGGGGGCAGUGCAGGGAGGACCCCGAACCCUUCAGCUAUCACAACACCUUCCUCCUGGUGGACCGAAACGAAGCCUGGGUGCUGGAAACGGCCGGAAGGCUGUGGGUGGCACAGAAAGUCUCAGAGGGUGUGAAAAACAUCUCCAACCAGCUGACCAUCAGCACCGAGAUCUCAGCAGAACACCCGGACCUGCGGAGCAUGGCCCAGGCUCAGGGAUGGUGGGACGGCCAAGGGGAGUUUAACUUCUCUCAGGUGUUUAACCCCGAGAACCCUCCUGCCAGGAUGGAGCUGGCUAAACGGCGCUACAGAGGAGGCACAGAACUGCUUCAACAGCACAACGGCUCAGUGACGGCUGAGGUGAUGAUGUCCAUUCUGAGGGAUAAACCCAGUGGGAUCUGCAUGGAUUCUGGAGGAUUCUGCACCACCGGCAGCAUGGUUUCUGUCCUACCCAAAGACACCAGCCUGCCCUGCAUCCACUUCUUCACUGCCACUCCAGACCCAUCCAGGUCUAUAUUCAAGCCUUUUAUAUUCUCGGAUGGCUCCACCCUGGUGCAGAGGGUAGUCUCCCCACAGUUUGGACCAGACGACCCCGUCAGGAAGCAGCCUCGCUUUCAGAGCCGCGUGGACCGCAGACAUGAUCUGUACAAGGCCCACCAGGCAGCGCGCAUCGCCAUGGAAACCAAACCGGAUGAAGCUUUAGUGGUCUACGACAUCCUGAGGGACCUGGAGCUGCAGUGUCUGAGUGAGAUUUCAGCCAUGCUCAGUGGAGACAUCCCAGGAGAAGAACUGGGGGACCUGUUCUUUGACUGCGUGGACACAGAGAUUAAAUUCUACCAGUGAGAAGCACCCUCAGGUGGACACCUCCAGCAUUCAGUGUGUCAGGAGAAGGACCAUUAAAAGCUCCAGUGUUUUUCAUCUUCUGAUUGGCCUCCACGUCACUUAUGCAACACACAUCUCUGACCCAUUCCAUCAUUAACACAGACCAAAUGUCUCAGCUGCACAUGUGAUCGUUGCAUAUUAUCAUCAGUAUCCUCCAGGGAGCAAAGACUGCACCUCAUUAGUGAGUAAACCAAUGUAGACCACACAGGCACUACGUAGAGCUGUGUGGAGUUGCACAGAAAAAAAAAACUGAGUAUGGCGCUUGUUUGUGUGUGGUUGCAGACAAGUGGGUUGUCAUUUAGUUUGAUGGCCACCCAUAGGGAAAGAUAUAAUAAAGAACGUGUAUAGAUUC